AUGGUGGACUGCUCCCCCAUAAACGAGACCGACGGUGCCCCUCCCAACUUCUUUACGAUGGACGUGGGUGGGACGGGCGACCCUCGCUCAACCGACUGGGAAUAUUAUGAAGGUGAGCUGGAGCUCAAGGUCUUGAUUAACCGGAUGCAUCACCCAGAAGCUUAUCCCGUGUAUGGCUGUAUCCUAUCGGAGCCUUGGGUUCAGUUCUAUAAAGAAGUGGACUGUGACGACAGUAGCGGAUAUCACUACAUCUGUCAGUGUGAGCUCGAAGGUAAACUCACGCUUCACGUAGCCAGAGACAGGUGGUUGAUUGAAAUGUGGGGCGUGCAUGAGGUCCAGCUUGCAAUGGGAUGCGAGGGCUUCGAUAAGGUCAUCCAGGAGAUCUGCACAAUCAACCAAGAGCGUUCAUUAGAGUUGAUAGAGACGGAUGAACACUCCUUAGCCGCCGAGGACCUCGACCACGAGGACUUUAUCCAGGCUGACACCGCUCAUGUGGAUUGCAAGCAGGAGAGCCCGAGUCAGGAGGAUUGCAAGGAAGAGGGUCCCAAACAGGGCUUCAUUCAGAACGCGAGCCAGAGCCUUGAGCAGGACUGCAGCCAGGACGAACCCAAGCAGGGGAAUCCUAACCAGAAGGAAAUCAACCAGGAUCCCAUCCAGGACCCCGACCGGGACCUUAAGCAGGAUCCCAAGCACGUGGACCCCAAUCAAGAGGUUUAUAAGCAGGAGGAACCCUGCCAGGAGGAACCCAGAGAGAUCCACAAUCAGGACCCCAACCAGGACCCCAAUCAGGACUUCAAGCAGGAAGACCUGAAGAAGAACUGCAUACAGGAGGACCUCAGACAGGACCCCAAACAGGAGGAUCUUGAGCAGGAGAGCCCCAAGCAGCACCCUAAGCAGCACCCCAAGCAAUACGAACCAGCACGAGCGGGAACAAGCCUGACGUGGGCGCUCUCACUUGGCGUAAGUUAUACGCAAUUGAGCGUGUAUGCGGAGGGGUUUUGGGCGUUCCUGGGUAUAGUGCUGUUCCAACAAACCACCCUCACUAACGAGAACAAGCAUGACGUGGACGCUCUCAUUCUAGUUCUGUUACGUUCUUCGGCGUUUAUGCUGCGAUUAUUCGAGCUUCCCCAGGCAUAUCUCUGGUUCAGCAAAAACAAAGCAGUAUCCUUCGAAUUGGCACCCCUCGAAUUCAUCAUUCCUUUGGAGGGGGCAAUUCAACGCAAGAGGCUGAUUGGUGGUGACGAGAGUACACUUGAGUCGUUACUGCCGAGCGCUAUCGAUUAG